UCAAAAUACUUCAUGAAAGUCUAUUUUCGUAUACGCUUUCCGGAGAAUUUCAUCAAGUUAUGCUUUUCUAGACAUAUUUCACGUAGCUAGAAUCAGUUUGUUUGCCGGAAAUUUUUAACCGUUUCUUGAAUCUGCUUGUCUGAGUAAUGAAUAAGAAAAGGCUUUUACCUUACAACAAUAUACUCGAUUUUUGACGAAAGUCUUUGCCACUGUUUAGCAAAUUUAGACACAGUGACGUAAAAAGCCCACAAAUUUAGUCGUGCUGUAUUAAUUUUUUUUGUUCAACAAAUGUAAAAACAACAAAUUUCUAAAUAAUUUAAAUGUUCUGAAAUUUACUCGAUCAGCGGGACCAAAACUUGCAGGCUGACAGCGCUACAUCCUAGAAAAGCUAAAACCACUAUUAAUUUUGAACCCUAUACGUAUCAAAAAUGUCGAAGUGAUAAAAAUUAAUUUGGGCUUUGUGGAGAAAUGUCUAAGUUGGUAAUCGUUUCUUUGAUAAGGAACAAUGAGAUGUUCAAAAAAAGUUAUGAGUAAUUCAUGUCACGCCGGGUUCCUUCAGCAAAGCUCUGUAAAAAAUUAAUUUUUAAAACAAAGGCUCUUUACAACUUAAAAUAUUUUUGUAGCAAAAUACCUGCAUGUAUGUCAUAUAAAUCUGUAUUUAGAAAACUUGAUUGCAGACGUCUCCCGUCACCGACAGUGUACGUCGAAGCAUUUUUCUAGCUUACUCGUUAUAAGUUUGAAUACUAGGAAUACAGGAGAAUAUAAGAAAAUUAGCAGCAGAUUUACACUGUUUACUCGGUACAACAUGAGACUUUUCUUGGUGUUUCUUUUCAUCUUGUUAGUGCAUGAUGCAGCGGGUUGGUGGAGAAGACGACGUUGGAGACGACCACGGUACAGGAGACGUUGUACACUAAGUCAUUGGUCCAGUUGGAGUUCGUGUAAUCAUCAAUGUGGGAAUUCAGGUGUACAGACGCGAACAAGAAGGAAGAUUAGUUCAGGCUGGUGGUUCGGACGCUGUUAUGGUUACAGUUUACGCCAAACAAGAGCAUGCAACAGAAAUAAAUGUCGAAAUAGAGGAUGGUCAUGGCAUGGUAGAUGUAUCUGUUAUAGUGGCUGGACAGGAAAAUGUUGCAACAAACGGCGUGCAAGAAAUUGUGUAGUCAGUCAAUGGUCCAGUUGGAGUUCUUGUAAUCAUCAAUGUGGAAAUGCAGGUGUACAGACACGAACAAGAAGGAAGAUUAGGUCAGAAUCUAAUGGCGGACGUUGUCCAUACAGUUUACGCAGAACAAGAGCAUGCAACAGAAAUAAAUGUCGCAAUAGAGGAUGGGCAUCAUAUGGUAGAUGUAUCUGUUAUAGUGGUUGGAAAGGAAAAUGUUGCGACAAAAAAUCUCCCAUAAAUUGUGUGGUGAGCAGUUGGACCAGUUGGAGUUCUUGUAGUCAUCAAUGUGGAAAUGGAGGUCUACAGACGCGAACAAGAAGAAAGAUUAGGAUAGAAUCUAAUGGUGGAAGUUGUUCAUACAGUUUUAGACAAACGAAAGCAUGCAACAGAAAUAAAUGUCAUAAUGGCGGAAGACCAACCUAUGGUAAAUGUAUCUGUAAGAGUGGUUGGACAGGAACAUGUUGCAACAAAGAUAUUAAUGAAUGUACCCUUUCUACCCAUAACUGUCACAAGAAUGCCACCUGUACCAAUAACUUAGGAUCAUUUUCAUGUAAAUGUAAUGUUGGUUCUUCUGGAAAUGGAAUUGCGUGUAACGAUAUCAAUGAAUGUACCCUUUCUACUGAUAACUGUCACAAGAAUGCGAUCUGUAUCAAUAACUAUGGAUCAUUUUCAUGUGAAUGUAAGAGUGGUUAUUCGGGAAAUGGUGUUAUUUGUACAGAUAUUGAUGAAUGUUCUCUUUCAAUCGACAAUUGUCAUCAAAAUUCAACCUGUGUCAACACCAAUGGAUCUUUUUCAUGUAAUUGCCAUAUUGGUUUUUCUGGAAAUGGAACAGUUUGUGAAGAAUCUGUAAUAGAUUGUGUACCGAGUCAAUGGUCCAGCUGGAGCUCUUGUAGUCAUCAAUGUGGAAAUGCAGGUUUACAGACACGAACAAGAGGAAAGAUUGUGACAGAAUCGGGUGGCGGACGUUGUCUGUAUCAUUUCAGACAAACAAGAGCAUGCAACAGAAAUAAAUGUCGCAAUGGAGGAGCACCUGCCUAUGGUAGAUGUAUAUGUAAAAGUGGUUGGACAGGAACAUGUUGCGAAAAUGAUAUCGAUGAAUGUGCACUUUAUACCGAUAACUGCCACAAGAAAGCGAUCUGCAUCAAUAACAAUGGAUCAUUUUCAUGUAAAUGUAACAGUGGUUAUUCGGGAAAUGGAAUUAAUUGUAAAGAUAUUGAUGAAUGCUCUUUUUCAAUCGAUAAUUGUCAUCAAAACUCUACCUGUGUCAACACUAAUGGAUCGUUUUCGUGUAGUUGCAAUGUUGGUUUUUCUGGAAAUGGAACAGUUUGUGAAGAUAUUGACGAAUGUUCUCUUUCAAUCGACAAUUGUCAUCAAAAUUCAACCUGUGUUAAUACCAAUGGAUCGUACUUAUGUAAUUGCAAUGUUGGUUUUUCUGGAAAUGGAAUUGUUUGUGAAGAUAUUGACGAAUGUUCUCUUUCAAUCGACAAUUGUCAUCAAAACUCAUUUUGUGUCAACACCAAUGGAUAUUAUUCAUGUAAUUGUAAAGCUGGUUAUUCUGGAAAUGGAUAUGUUUGUGAAGAUAUCGACGAAUGUUCUCUUUCAAUCAACAAUUGUGAUGAAAAUUCAACCUGUGUUAAUACCAAUGGAUCGUAUUUAUGUAAUUGCAAUGUUGGUUUUUCUGGAAAUGGAAAUGUUUGUGAAGAUAUUGAUGAAUGUUCUCUUUUAAUCGACAAUUGUCAUCAAAAUUCAACCUGUGUCAACACUAAUGGAUCGUAUUUAUGUAAUUGCAAUGUUGGUUUUUCUGGAAAUGGAAUUAUUUGUGAAGAUAUUGAUGAAUGUUCUCUUUCAAUCAACAAUUGUCAUCAAAAUUCAACCUGUGUUGAUACCAAUGGAUCGUACUUAUGUAAUUGCAAUGUUGGUUUUUCUGGAAAUGGAAUUGUUUGUGAAGAUAUUGAUGAAUGUUCUCUUUUAAUCGACAAUUGUCAUCAAAAUUCAACCUGUGUCAACACUAAUGGAUCGUAUUUAUGUAAUUGCAAUGUUGGUUUUUCUGGAAAUGGAAUUAUUUGUGAAGAUAUUGAUGAAUGUUCUCUUUCAAUCAACAAUUGUCAUCAAAAUUCAACCUGUGUUGAUACCAAUGGAUCGUACUUAUGUAAUUGCAAUGUUGGUUUUUCUGGAAAUGGAAUUGUUUGUGAAGAUAUUGACGAAUGUUCUCUUUUAAUCGACAAUUGUCAUCAAAAUUCAACCUGUGUUAACACUAAUGGAUCAUAUUCAUGUAAUUGUAAUGUUGGUUUUUCUGGAAAUGGAACUGUUUGUGAAGAUAUUGAUGAAUGUUCUCUUUCAAUCGAUAAUUGUCAUCAAAACUCUACCUGUGUCAACACUAAUGGAUCGUUUUCGUGUAGUUGCAAUGUUGGUUUUUCUGGAAAUGGAACAGUUUGUGAAGAUAUUGACGAAUGUUCUCUUUCAAUCAACAAUUGUCAUCAAAAUUCAACCUGUGUUAAUACCAAUGGAUCGUACUUAUGUAAUUGCAAUGUUGGUUUUUCUGGAAAUGGAAUUGUUUGUAAAGAUAUUGACGAAUGUUCUCUUUCAAUCGACAAUUGUCAUCAAAACUCAUUUUGUGUCAACACCAAUGGAUAUUAUUCAUGUAAUUGUAAAGCUGGUUAUUCUGGAAAUGGAUAUGUUUGUGAAGAUAUUGACGAAUGUUCUCUUUCAAUGGAUAACUGUCAUCAAAAUUCAACUUGCAUCAACAGCCAUGGAUUGUUUUCAUGUAAUUGUGAUGCAGGAUUUACAGGAAACGGAACGGUUUGUGAAGAAAUAAAACCGUGCGAGUCGAGUCCUUGCAAAAACAAUGGUCUUUGUACAAACAUGGGAGGUACAUUCUCCUGUGAAUGUGCUGAUGGUUUUAAAGGCAAAACAUGUGAAGUUGGUGUUUGUGAUCAUUCUCCAUGCAAAAAUGGUGGCUCAUGUCUUGUUUGUGGCAGUUCGUACAAAUGUGUUUGUCUUCCUGACUUCAUUGGUGCUCACUGCGAAAAAGAGGUUCCAAAUCCCUGCAAGCCAAAUCCCUGCAAAAAUGGUGGACAAUGCAACGUAUUGGGCAACAUUUACACCUGUAAAUGCAAGCCUGCGUUUGGUGGUAACAAUUGCGAGCAUUCUCAAACAACAUGUUCGGCGUCUGGUGAUCCUCAUUACACCUCAUUUGAUGGCAAAAGAUUUGAUUUCAUGGGAGAUUGCGAAUACGAGUUUUCAAAAGACUGUAGCAAAAACAAACUUUUUACUGUCCUUACCAAAAACGUGCGUUGUGGACGGCGUGUGACCUGUACAGCAGCUGUAAAGAUCAUUAUAGCUGGAUACUUCAUUCAGCUGACACGUCAGCGUGGUACAGCAGUUGUAAAUGGAGUUAGGCUGUCAAAAUUUCCAAUAAUUCGUCCUGGUUUCAAAAUUACCAAUCCCAGUUGGAGUUGGCUGAUUUUCACUGCAGAUAUUGGAAUGUCCGUGAGUUGGAACUUUUGGUCGUACGUAAAAGUCACCGUUUCUGGAAAAUACAAAGGAAUGAUGUGCAACACAUCUUUAUGUGGCAACAACAAUGGUCGUCAAGACGACGACCAUUACUACAGUAGAAAAUGUGCUCCAUCACCAACACCAUGUAUCCCUGAUUCCAAAAAAAAAGUUGUGAUAAAUAAAUGUCAUUUGAUGAGCGAUCCUAGCUCUCCAUUCCACGGUGCAUGUAACCGUUAUGUAGAUCCAGCAAAUUUGAUCAGUAAUUGUAAAUAUGACGCAUGUCGUUGCACCGAUCCAAUGGAAUGUGUUUGUAACGCUUUUGCUGCUUACAGUAAACUUUGUGUUGAAUAUGGUGGUCUUAUUGACUGGAGAUUUAAGGGAACUUACUUAUAUCCAAAACUCAAAGAAUGUGAGCAAACAUGCAGUAACAAAGGAGAAAUUUUCACAGAAUGUGGAUCUGCUUGUGCAAAAACAUGUCGCGAUAUAUCACGUGGUAUAAAAUGCAGUGAAACCUGUAUUCCCGGAUGUCAUUGUCCAAAAGGAUCUUACUUGGACGACAAGAAUCAUUGUGUUCCUAUGAAGAACUGCUCAUGUUUCUUUGAAGGAAAAUAUUAUAAAGCAGGCGAAAAUGUCAAAGUUGGACGUUGUAAAACCUGUACGUGUAAUAUGGGAGCCAUGGCUUGUGUUGAAGAUCGAAACUGUUCUUCUAAAGGUCCUUGUGAGUCUUUCCCGUGUAAAAAUGAUGGUGUUUGUACGGAGAAAGGAAAUAUUUUCACUUGUAUUUGUACCAAGGAAUAUCAAGGAAAAACAUGUGAAGUUCCAGUACCGAAACCGUGUGACUUGCGUCCUUGUAAAAACAACGGUAUUUGUACAAACAACGGAAGUACAUUCUCGUGUGAAUGUGCUGAUGGUUUUAAAGGCGAAACCUGUGAAGUUGGAGUUUGUGAUCAUGGUCCUUGCAAAAAUGGUGGCUCGUGUCUUGUUGAUGGCAAUUCAUACAAAUGUAUUUGUGUUCCUGACUUCAUUGGUGCUCACUGCGAAAAAGAGGUUCCAAAUCCCUGCAAGCCAAAUCCAUGCAAAAAUGGUGGACAAUGCAACGUAUUGGGCAACAUUUACACCUGUAAAUGCAAGCCUGCGUUUGGUGGUAACAAUUGCGAACAUUCUCAAACAACAUGUUCGGCGUCUGGUGAUCCUCAUUACACCUCAUUUGAUGGCAAAAGAUUUGAUUUCAUGGGAGAUUGCGAAUACGAGUUUUCAAAAGACUGUAGCAAAGACAAACUUUUUACUGUCCUUACCAAAAACGUGCGUUGUGGACGGCGUGUGACCUGUACAGCAGCUGUAAAGAUCAUUAUAGCUGGAUACUUCAUUCAGCUGACACGUCAGCGUGGUACAGCAGUUGUAAAUGGAGUUAGGCUGUCAAAAUUCCCAAUAAUUCGUCCUGGUUUCAAAAUUACCAAUCCCAGUUGGAGUUGGCUGAUUUUCACUACAGAUAUUGGAAUGUCCGUGAGUUGGAACUUUUGGUCGUACGUAAAAGUCACCGUUUCUGGAAAAUACAAAGGAAUGAUGUGCAACACAUCUUUAUGUGGCAACAACAAUGGUCGUCAAGACGACGACCAUUACUACAGUAGAAAAUGUGCUCCAUCACCAAUACCAUGUAUCCCUGAUUCUAAAAAGAAAGCUGUGAUUGAUAAAUGUCACUUGAUGAGCGAUCCUAGCUCUCCAUUCCACGGAGCAUGCAACCGUUAUGUAGAUCCAGCAGCCUUGAUCAGUAAUUGUAAAUAUGACGCAUGUCGUUGCACCGAUCCAAUGGAAUGUGUUUGUAACGCUUUUGCUGCUUACAGUAAACUUUGUGUUGACUAUGGUGGUCUUAUUGACUGGAGAUUCAAUGGAACUUAUUUGUAUCCAAAACUCAAAGAAUGUGAGCAAACAUGCAGUAACAAAGGAGAAAUUUUCACAGAAUGUGGAUCUGCUUGUGCAAAAACAUGUCGCGAUAUAUCACGUGGUAUAAAAUGCAGUGAAACCUGUAUUCCCGGAUGUCAUUGUCCAAAAGGAUCUUACUUGGACGACAAGAAUCAUUGUGUUCCUAUGAAGAACUGCUCAUGUUUCUUUGAAGGAAAAUAUUAUAAAGCAGGCGAAAAUGUCAAAGUUGGACGUUGUAAAACCUGUACGUGUAAUAUGGGAGCCAUGGCUUGUGUUGAAGAUCGAAACUGUUCUUCUAAAGGUCCUUGUGAGUCUUUCCCGUGUAAAAAUGAUGGUGUUUGUACGGAGAAAGGAAAUAUUUUCACUUGUAUUUGUACCAAGGAAUAUCAAGGAAAAACAUGUGAAGUUCCAGUACCGAAACCGUGUGACUUGCGUCCUUGU